GCCGCGCACGGCGGAACGGCGGCGGCGCGGCUCUGAGAGGUUGCAGACUCAGCAUGUGUCCCUAAUAAUUAAAAAGCCUGGCCAGGGUUCAAGAAAGAACCAAGGAAGUUUGUGUGCUCGUUGGCCUUGACACUGUGCUUCUAAGCAAGGAAAGACAGCAGCAGUCUCUGCCAGCCAAAAAAACCAUCAGAAGUAUUUCACAAUGGAUGUAGAUGAUGAAGAAAACAUGAGAGUAACCUAUCGAGCUUUUGCUGGAGGAUGUUAUAAAUGAAAAUUUAGUAACUAUUCCAUCAGCUUUGUAAGCUGGGCUAAGUGAUGUGUGCAGGGUAGUGAAUACUUAAGAAAGCAUGAUUUGAAAUUUGUUGAGAAGAGAUCUUCCAUCUUCAUUUGCUCCAAUUUCAAUAAAUAUUUAUUUCCUAUUAUCACUGUGAAUUUAAUAUAGUACUAGAUAUUCUGAAGUCUUGGAACAGAAGAGUUAGAAACACUUGACCAAGUAAAUUUGCCUUUUCAUUCAUGAAUGUUGCUAUAAAGCACAAAUAAGUCAUUUCAUUCUUUUUUUUAAUCAGAGUAAAAAUGAGAUCUUUCCCGUUACAGCAAGUGUAAUUCUUGAAAUAUAUAUCGAACAUUAUCACUGCCCCAAUUUUCUAGUUAGAAAAUAAAUUAUUGCAUUAAUCAUUAAUGCUGCAAUACCACAUUGUUUUUCUUCCCCAUUAAAAUAGCAUCAUUGUGAUUGUGUAGAUUUUGUCACACAUUUUGUGUUCUGUGUAGUCUUAAAGAGACAAUCUUCAUUAUUUGUUUUAAAAUCUGAGAGAGCAGUUUUUUACUUUGCAAGAACUUUAAACACUGCAUGUAAAUGGCAAAAAAAGGUUUCUCAAUCAAAGGCUGUGUGAAAACAUAUGUAUAGUAGUUUUCUGGUGCAGCCUAAGUUAGACACAGGAUUUUUUAACAGCUGUGUUCAGUGUAUGCUGCUAAAGGGUCAGAGUUGCUGUGAGAAGAGCUGCGCUCUAUGCUAGCCUCUGUUGAAGACUGGGAAGAGCAAAAAAAGGAUUGAAUUUGGAGAAUAUGGCAUAGCUACAGAGAAGCAAAACAUACAGUUUUCAGUCAAGGUGCCUAGCUAACAAAGAACUGCUCUGUUUUUCACGACUCAGAUUUUAUUUAUGUUAUUUCUUGAAUUGAGCAAAUAAAAUCAUGUGAGACAGAAAUGCAAUAUGAAUAAAAUAAGAAUAAAGUAUAAUUAAAUAUAAAUCUCCUAGUAUUGGUCUGAAAUAUCCAUUUUUAUUUUACUACUGAUAGUUUAUCCUACAAAUAAUACAAUGUUUUUCUGUUUUAAGGCAUUUUUCACUUCAAAUGUAAUUUAUGAGUAAAAAUUUUAUUUCAGCAUCAGUUUGUUGAAAAAAAAGCUUCCGUGUUUUAUUGUUGUAUGAAAGUAUCAAGAGCAAAUUUGAAAGUCUUGAAUGUGUUCUUUGUUAUUAAAAGGUAUUGCUCUCCAUUUAUGCUGCAAAAGCUUUGAUCUGUGAGCACACAUCACUUAACCAAUUACAAAGAGAGAUAAAGGAAUCUAUAAAUUUUGCAUUUACAAGAUCCUGCAACAAAGGCAUUGUAAGUUACUCUUUCUGGGCACCGCAGGUUCAAGCAGCACUGAUGUUAAAGAAAACCGCAACAUGGACAACGUUCCCCCCAAGGAUGGCAGUGCACAAGGCACCGGGGAGGGGGCUCAGCUCUCCAAUGGUGGCAGCAGCAGCAGCAGCAGCAGAAAGCGGCCUUUGGAGGAAGGCAACAAUGGCCACUCCAAAUUUCGCCCUAAGAAGAGGAAGAAAACACCAGGUCCUGUUUUGCCAAAGAAUGCCCUGAUGCAACUUAAUGAGAUCAAACCUGGUUUACAGUAUAAGCUGCUGUCCCAGACGGGGCCAGUUCAUGCCCCAAUGUUUGUGAUGGCUGUUGAGGUUAACGGACAGGUGUUUGAGGGCUCUGGCCCCACAAAGAAGAAAGCCAAGCUCCACGCUGCUGAGAAGGCUCUGCGGUCAUUUGUCCAGUUCCCAAAUGCAUCAGAAGCACACCUGGCCAUGGGGAGGACUCUCUCUGUCAACACGGACUUCACCUCUGACCAGGCAGACUUUCCUGACACGCUUUUCAAUGGAUUUGAAACUCCAGUUCCUUCUGAUGCUUCCUUUUACCUAGGGUCCAAUGGGGAUGGCUCCUUUGGCUCCAGCAGGGAGUAUGGUCUGCCAUCAGCUGCUGUGGCAAGUAGCCUUACUCAGUUGCCUCUCCCUGCAUCGUUGCCAUACCCGACCGCGAGUGGGAAGAAUCCUGUAAUGAUCCUGAAUGAGCUCCGGCCAGGCCUGAAGUAUGAGUUUCUCUCAGAGAGCGGGGAGAGCCAUGCCAAAAACUUUGUCAUGGCUGUCGCUGUGGAUGGGCAAACAUUUGAAGGAUCGGGAAGGAAUAAAAAGCUUGCGAAAGCUCGGGCUGCUCAGUCAGCCCUGGCAUCCUUGUUUAACAUGCAGCUGGACCAGACUCCAUCUCGACAGCCCAUUCCUAGUGAGGGGCUCCAGUUACAUUUGCCACAGGUUUUAGCUGAUGCUGUUGCACGCUUGGUUGUAGAUAAAUUCUGUGAUUUGACAGAAAAUUUCACUUCUCCACAUGCACGUAGAAAAGUCCUUGCUGGAAUUGUCAUGACAACAGGUACGGAUGUGAAAGAUGCUCUGGUAAUAAGUGUUUCUACGGGAACAAAAUGCAUUAAUGGUGAAUACAUGAGUGAUCGUGGUCUUGCAUUAAAUGAUUGCCAUGCAGAAAUUAUAUCCCGCCGGUGCCUGCUUAAAUUUCUGUAUACACAACUCGAGCUUUAUCUAAGCAAUAAAGAUGAUCAGGAAAAAUCCAUUUUUAUCAAAUCAGAGCGAGGUGGUUUUAAACUGAAGGAGAAUGUGCAGUUCCAUCUCUAUAUCAGCACGUCUCCUUGUGGAGAUGCUAGAAUUUUCUCACCACAUGAAGCAGCACAAGAGGAUCAAGGGGACAGACACCCAAACCGCAAAGCAAGAGGACAGCUACGAACAAAAAUAGAAUCUGGGGAAGGGACGAUCCCUGUGCGCUCUACUACCACCAUCCAGACAUGGGAUGGAGUGUUGCAAGGAGAAAGGCUACUUACUAUGUCAUGCAGUGACAAGAUAGCAAGGUGGAACGUAUUGGGUAUUCAAGGAGCCUUACUUAGCCUCUUUGUGGAGCCAAUUUACUUCUCUAGCAUCAUCUUGGGGAGUUUAUAUCAUGGGGAUCAUCUAUCCAGAGCCGUAUACCAGAGGAUAGCAGAAAUAGAAGAUCUACCACCUCUUUAUACACUCAACAGACCUUUACUUAGUGGCAAGUAUCUAAUGGAGAGAGCCGUACCGGUAACUAAGUCUGUUCCAGUAGCAUUGUGAUUUUGCAGUUUUUCAAAACGUUGAAAAUAUGUCUUGUGAGUAAAUUGGUUUCUGGUUACAAAGCAGAAGAUAUAGUGUAAACCUAGCAGGGAUACACAGACAGAGAUACCAUAGCAAGAACCCAUGGUGAGUUAAAAGAUGCCAAAAAAGCCAGGAUAUGAACUGAAGGCACUUUCACCUAUUUGCCAUCUGGAGUGUACCUUAGCAACAGGUGAGGCAAGUUGAAGGCCCUGGCUUAAUGAAACCUCUUGUCAUCUAUGGAUAGUGCAUUAGCUCUCAUUUUCACUUCUCUUACAAUUGCAGGUAUUUAUUGAAUAGCUACGUCAUUUAUCAGUCUUCCAAGAUGAAAAUAUUUGGCUCACAAUCUUUAAGCCAAUACCCAACUGAAAGUGGAUGA